AUGUCUUCAGUAUUUUGUGGAACCAAAAAACAGAAAUUGAACAACUCGUAUAGUAAUAAUGUAGAACGACCAAUAAAUGGUUACCAUGAAACUGUAGCAAUUCCUGAUAUGUGUUACUUUUGUUUUGAUGUUUUGUAUUGUCAGCUGCAUAGUAUGGAUCCACCACAAACGCCAAAUUUCACAAAUGAGGCUUAUCCCUUGUUCGUGACGUGGAAAAUUGGCAAGGAGCAUCGGCUCCGGGGCUGCAUUGGAACAUUUAAUGCAAUGCAUUUACAUUCAGGGCUUCGGGAGUACGCGAUAACUAGCGCCCUAAAAGAUUCGCGUUUUACUCCCAUAACACGCGAGGAGGUGCCGCGGCUGACAGUCUCGGUGUCCAUCCUGCAGCACUUCGAGGAGGCCGAGCACUACCUCGACUGGAAGCUUGGCAAGCACGGGAUACGCAUCGAGUUCAUAAACGAGCGCGGCACCAAGCGCACUGCAACCUACUUACCUCAAGUUGCCACAGAGCAAGGUUGGGACCAAAUACAAACAAUCGACUCGCUUUUACGAAAGGGAGGUUACAAAGCGGCGAUCACUUCAGAUCUCCGGAGGAGCAUCAAGUUGACCCGCUACCAAUCCGAGGAGGUGUCGGCUUCCUAUAGCGAUUACAUCAGCCAACGUUGCUAG